CCUGGUUGCGGCGGCGGCGGCGCGGAGAGCGAGGGCGACGCAGAAAACGGCUUCGCCGAGUUGGCUGCUCUCGGGGAGAAGCGCGACCGGGACGUGAUCGAGAUCACGCAGCGCCUGCACGGGAUGGCUACGGACCUCACUGACUGCACCAACUGUGCCGAAAUGCGUGUUAAAUGCGUGGAAGUGGCACUGAAGGACCUCUGCGACCGCAUCCAGAAAGCUUCCGAUAAACUGAAUGAGGUGUUUGGACCACUGGAAUGAACGGAGUUCAAGGCAGCUUGCGAGAGAUCUAACAUACAGACAUCCCAGAAGAGUAAAAUUUGCAUUACACUGCCCUUUCGAUCUGAGAGAAGCUACGAUGAAAGUUUCAUAAAUGAGAUUACAUAGUUAAUUUAAAAUCUUAGAUGAUUGAAUUAAAGUGGUCACAUACUAGAGGAAAAUUUAUACUUUAUUGUGAAGUUGUGAACGAUAUGAUCAUACGGGAAUCCUGCACAUGCUAUAAAAUUUGUAUGAAUUUGCUUUAAAGUUUGUUUGAAGGUUUUUAAAAAGAACGUGAACA